AUGAGUGGUGCAUCAGAAAACCCUAUUCAUGACAGUACUCAAGGUAAGGCUUCUUCUUCUUCAUCAACAACGUUGAAACUCUUUGGUUUUCCGUUAACUUCAUCGGAAAACCCCAUCAACAAAGAGAUUCACGUGGUGGCGGCGGCGGCAGCGAGAACCGCCGUUUCUCCUCCUCCUCCUCCUCAUUGCCCUUACAAGAGAUUCAAGUGCCACUUCUGCUACCGUGAAUUCGCCAAUUCACAAGCUCUCGGUGGCCACCAGAACGCUCACAAGAGAGAACGCCAGAAAGCUGCUCUCUCACCCUUCGGUUACUUUCGCUACCAUCAACGCCUCACGGCACCGCCGGCUCACUCUCCGAUCGUGGUUCCGCACGGUGGAUCAAGACCGUUGGUUGGUCCACGUGACAGGGCUCAGCGACCAUGGCUCUCGUGGGACACUGAUCAUGAUGAUGAUGAUCGUAGGGUUGGGUUAGUGAGGCCAAUGGGUGCAGGUGCAGUUAGCAUUGACAGAGUGAGGGAAGUACACAAUAUUAUUAAUGAUGGUGAUGAUGGUAAUGGUGGUGUUGAUCUUAACUUGAGUUUGGCUAACAAAGCUUUCAAUUUUAGGGACAAGGAAUUUGGCAGGUGUAAGAGAAGCUGA